AUGCCCCCCAAAACUGCCCAGAUCCGCCUCGUCAGCUCCCACCCUGAAGUCUACGACCCAUGCGACGACUCCUUCGCGCUCGUCGAUUCCCUCCUUGCCGACCGGGCCCACCUCCUAAAACACCGGCCUGCGAUUUGCAUGGAGAUAGGGUGUGGCAGCGGGUACGUGAUCACCUCCCUUUCCCUCCUCCUCGGAGAAUCUAGUCCACCACCCUACUACAUUGCCACCGAUAUCAACCCCCACGCGGCCCGCGUGACCCUCCAAACCCUAGAAUCUCACGGAUGCCAAGCAGAGGUCAUAAACACAGAUAUUGCAUUUGGUCUUGAAAGCCGUUUGUACAAAUCGGUGGACUUGAUAGUCGUGAACCCUCCAUACGUGCCGACUCCAGAGGAAGAGGUGGGGUCCGGUGGCAUAGCCGCUGCCUGGGCCGGAGGAGAGAAUGGUCGGAAAGUUAUCGACCGGAUACUGCCGGUGGCGGACGGGCUUCUUUCGGAUAAGGGGUGGUUAUAUUUGGUGGCGUUGAGUGCAAAUGACCCAUUGGAGUUGUGUCUUGAAAUGAGAAAGAAAGGGUACGCAUCCAGAAUAGUGCUGCAGAGGUCAACUGAGGAGGAGAGCUUGCACGUUAUUAAGUUCUGGAGGGACCCGGAUGUUCUCAUGGAGGCGAACGAGCGUAUGGAGUUGAGAAGAACAGAGGAUAGGGUCGUGGUGGAUUUUUCGCACUUUAGCCCGUUUUCAGUUUGGAAGAACCGGACUCGGGAUUCUUAA